GACUGAACACAACACCACAGCGGUGUUGUUGUUGUUGUUGUUGUCGGCGGGAACUUUUGUCGUUAACUCUGUUUUCUGUGGUUUGACAUGAAGCGGACGGCAGCUCCGUUAGCAUAGCAUUAGCAUAGCAUAGCAUUAGCAUAGCUAGCAUACAAACCACCAUCUACAGGAAGGACUGCACAACUACCAAGAUAAAGGAAGCAGCUGAUGGAGGCCAGCGGGGCUCCACCCUCAGACGGGACGAUGGUGUCGAACCCGCCUCACGUGUCACCGUCCACAGACGACAGCAGCGACCUGGAGCUGGGCGGGCUGCCAGGGAACAGGAACGCCGCAGAGCCAGCAGGGGGCGCUCACCUGCCCACAGGUUUCCAUGUGGGGGGUGUGGAGCAGGUGUUCCACACCUGUCCACAGUGUGGGCGUGGCUUUAAGACCGGCUCCCACCUGCAGGAGCAUGUGCAGUUGCACUUCCCAGACCCCUCCCUCCAGUGUCCCAGCUGUAAACACCACUUCACCAGCAGGACUAAACUGCGCCUGCACCGGCUGCGUGAGGCCGGCGUUAAGCUGCACCGCUGUCACCUCUGUCCGUAUUCGGCCGUGGAGCGCAACGCCGUUCGCCGCCACCUGCGCGGCGUACACGCAGAAGAGGACGGCGGCGGGCGCAGGUACCCGUGCCCCGCCUGCGGACAGAGCUUCGUCCAGAGCCGGUCCCUCAAGGCCCACAUGAAGACCCACGCCGUCCCCCCGCAGAACGCACCGUCCACGUGCGUCCAACAGGGCUGUUCCUUCCAGAGUCCGGUCCGCAAGGCGCUCCUUCGACACGCCGCCGACGCGCACCGCAUCCAGGCGGUGGAGUGUCGCCGUCGCUCCUGCGGCGCCGUUUUCAGCAGCCACGCCGACAUGGAGCGUCAUUACCAGACGCACCUGGCCUACCACUGCUCCCAGUGCGACUUCUGCAGCUCCAAUAAGAGCGUCCUCCUCCGACACGAGCGCGGUGGACACCCGGGAACCGAAAAGUUCAGCUGCGACUUCUGCGCCUUCCAGACGUUUAACCCCGUGGAGUUCCAACGACACCUGGGACACUUCCACGCCAACGAGAAGAUCCACGGCUGUCCACAGUGCACCUACGUGACCGCACAUAAACGAGGCUUAAAGAGACACAUGCGCACGCACAGCGGUGAGAAACCCUACAAGUGCAGUGUGUGUGACUUCAGGUGUGCAGAUGAGUCGUACCUGUCCAGACACAUGCUGAUCCACUCAGACCAAAAGAACUACAUGUGCGCAGAAUGUGGAUACGUGACCAAAUGGAAACAUUAUCUGAGCGUUCACAUGAGGAAACACAACAGAGACUUCAGGUACCAGUGUGACACGUGUCCGUACCGGUGUCACCGCAUGGACCAGCUGAAGAGCCAUCAACUACGACAUCAGGCCAAGUCGCUCAUCUGUGAGAUCUGCGCUUACGCCUGCAAGCGUAAACAUGAGCUUCGGAAUCACAUGUCCACCAAACAUUCAGGAAGCGGCAAACAGCCGGCGGUGUACAAAUGUAACUACUGCGCUUACAGCAGCUGCUACCGACAAGCCCUUCAAAACCACGAGAACUGCAAACACACUAAACUGAAGGAGUUCCGUUGUGUCCUCUGCACCUACUCGUCCUUCAGCAGCAUCAGCCUGUUUGUGCACAAGAGGAAGGCUCAUGGGUACAAACCUGGGGACAACGCAUGGCUGCGGAACUACACAGCAAAGGAGGAGAGGAACUCCCCUCAGCCUGGUUUGGACAAGACGCCCUCAACAACGGAAGGACUGGUAGCAACUCCAAAAGAGAAAUGUGACAACCUUCUGGAUUCAGCAGAUGUCAGCACGGGCAAAGAAACAACUGCCAGUCUGAAAGCGGCGGAUUCAAGAAGUGAUUUGGACGUCGUUUCUCAACAGGUUGUUUACGAAGGUAAUUCAGAUCGUCUUCAAUCGACGAAUCCUAUUGAGGAGUGUUGUACCCUUGUUCUGACCACACUGUCAACUACUGAUGACUGCAACCCACCUUUGGAAGAUGAGGACAAGAACUGUACAGAUGGUCCUUCGUUAACCUGUGGCGGGUCUGACAUGUCGCAAGUAAAAGCCGAUUUGUCUUCAACCACAAGUUCCGUAGAGGACGAUGACGGUCCUGUGACAGAAGAGUGUGAGGUGGAAGACACCUGCCACUCCUCUAAUGACACGACUCAGCCCGCGAAAACACCGGAGUUGGAAAAUGAUGCCGACGUGAGCAGUUCUCCAUUUCCAUCUGAGCACAAUUGGCUGUCGGAAUCGGAGGUCCGUUUGAAACUUAUGAAGAAGCAUGACAGGGAUCAAGCAGAAGUAAUGGUUUUGGACGGUCGGGUGCAAAUGUUGACAGUACCAACUAAAGGUGUUCACAGGUCUGACUGUAAAGACACCGCUUUGAAAAACUGUUGCAAUUCUGCGUGUGAUAGUAGGAUAAAAAGUCGUAGGUGCGAGGUGGCAAAGAGGAGCUCGGCUAGUCAAUGGAAAACAAGGAAGACAGAAACCAAAGACACGCCCACAGUUGGCCGCCAAUCCAAACAAACGGAUGAGGGAACACGUUCAGAUGUCUCAGAGCACACUUCAGAUUUACAAGAUCAGAAAUUAAAUCAACAUGUAGAAUGCACAUCUGAUCCGACAACCUCUAAGACCUUUUUAAGUGGAUCCCUGAAAUCCAGUGAAUUUGAACAUCAGCACAGCAAAAUUCAGAGAAAACCGCUUUUGAAAAGUAAACUUGUCCUGAAACAGUUUGCUUUUACCAACGCACACAAAAGUGUCUCACUGCAGAAAUCGUCCCUUUGCGUCAAAAACAACGGCCUUUUCAAAUGUAAGCACUGUGGUUUUACAUCAGUCAAACUUUCAACUGUUAAACAACACCUUUCCACCUGCAGCAAAAGAACGAAUCAGACACUGGACCUGGACGAUGAGUCGGUCAAAGAAAAACAGGACUUGGUGAAAGACAAAAGCAACCACGCAGCAAAAGUUUUGAGGAAACGUAAGAUCUUCUCAGGUCCAAGCGGUACUUUUAAGUGCAGCCAGGAAAAACUAUUAGACGGCCACGAGAAGUAUGGAUGCAUGAAGCCCGAGGAACUCCAAUGCUCUAUGUGCUCGUUUGUAGCUAAAUGUCAAAUGUCGUUGACCCAACACAUUUUGCACAACCAUCAGAAGAAAAAGUAUGGCAAAGCUACACCAGCGCAUUUGUGCACGUGUAAGAAGGAUCCAUGUCCAGGACUGCGUCGCGAAAAACCCCACGGUUGUCAUUACUGCCCUUUUUGCACAUUGAGGCACUAUCGUUUGGAAGAACACGAGACUCUUCACACUGGAACUGGUCGUCACAGGUGCGAUGUGUGUGACAAGGCCUUUGGGAAUGUGACCAAACUGCAGCAACACAAGAGACGUGUCCACGACAAGCAGCCUUCCCACUUCUGUCCGCUCUGCGACUACGGCGGCUACACGCUCGACGACGUACGACGGCACAACCUCAGGUGCCACACAGGGGAACUGCGCCAUACCUGCACUCACUGCCAAGCUCGCUUUAGUUCGAACAUCGCGCUAAGAAACCAUUGCAAACGAGCGCACCAGCUUCAGGUCUGUUUUUCAUGCGAGUUGUGUGACUACACAUGUGGGAGUACGGCUACGUUGAAGAUUCACCAACGACGCAAACACCCUGUGUUCAAGUGCACCACCUGCCGGGAAUCUUUUGACACGAAAGAACACUUGGAAGUUCAUCGGAGAAGUCAUCUACUACAUCCUUGUCAGGUGUGCACCUUCGCUGCCAAGACGAGGCAGAUGCUAGCUCAACACCUUCUAAAUGAGCACGAACAGGGACCUUCCGAGAACAAGCCCCUCAAAUGCACCACUUGUCCGUUUGCUUGCGCGCAUCAGCUGGUGUUGGAGCAGCAUCUCCGUUCGCAUGGAGGGAAGCGCCUGUAUGAGUGCACGGAAUGCAAGUAUUCGACCCAGAACAAGCAGAAGAUGACCUGGCACGUUCGUAUCCACACCGGAGAGAAGCCGUACAGCUGUGAGCAGUGCACGUACACCUGCGCCGACCCCACCAGGCUGAAGCUUCACCUGAGGGUUCACCAAGACGAGAAGAAGUUCCUUUGUCCAGAGUGUGGGUACAAGUGUAAGUGGGCGACGCAGCUGAAGUACCACAUGACCAAGCACACAGGACACAAACCUUACGCCUGUACGGAGUGUGACUACCGCACCAACAGAGCCGACGCCCUCCGCGCUCACGCCGACGCUCGACACCGCCACACGCGCCCGUACGUCUGCGAAAACUGCGGCAAAGCCUUCAAGAGCGUUGCGGUCCUGAAGAGCCACCAGCGUCGGCACGGCGACGGGCGGCCCUACGCCUGCGGACUGUGUCCCAGAAGCUUCCGCUGGGGGGCGGGGCUCCGACAACACUACCUGAACCACACCCACAAGAGACCCUUCCACUGCCGCUACUGCUCCUACAGGGCAAAGCAGAGGUUCCAGGUGGUCAAACACCUGCACAGGCUCCACCCACUGGAGUCAGCUGAGCAGGGGGUGGGGCAGGACAGUGAGGGGAGGAGCCUGACCCUGAAGGAGGCCUUAGAAGGAAGACUGUGAGGGGAGGAGCCUGACCCUGAAGGGGAGGAGCCUGACCCUGAAGGAGGCCUUAGAAGGAAGACUGUGAGGGGAGGAGCCUGACCCUGAAGGGGAGGAGCCUGACCCUGAAGGAGGCCUGAGAACACAGGUGUCCAACAUGCAUACUGGGGCCCAAAUCUGCCCCCCCACCCCACGCCAAAGGUUCCACUGUGUCCCUGUAGGAUGAAAGGUCCUAACUGAACCUGAACAGUCCAGGUGGUUCAGGUUCCACAUCCAGACCAGUGGGAUCUACAGUCCAAAGAACAACACAAUAAACCAGAAUAAUGACAAACAC